AACUACUAGUCUUUUCUAAACAGUCAGAGCCUAAUCAUUCCAGCCAGUAACUCGACUACAUUUGUAUCUUUUAAACCAUUAAAAUGGCAAGUGAAGAAGGUAAAGAUAUCGACCAACUCAAGGCAACUUUCCAGAACUGCAAUUUGAACACCAAGGAUGUCGAUGAUUUCGCUGAAUUUGAGGCUACUCUUGCAAAGAUCGAUAGUAUAUUGAAAAAUGAAAAGCCUCUUGAAGACGAUGCAGCGGAAGGCGCAGUUGGUGGUGUCAAGGAGAAAAUCAACUUUGACAACCUGGACGUGGAUAAUGUCCGUCUCAAGGUGCGCCAAAAUCGCACAUUGAUCAAUAAGAAAUCUACUGAGGAGGAGACUGAGAAGAACAUCAAGACCAUGAACCAGCAGAGUUUUAUGGAACAAGUGGAGCGGGAUGCUAAUGAUCGUGCAGAGGCACGUGCCAAAGCCGAGUAUGAGGCUGAGUCACAAAGAAUCCAGGGAAACGAAGCUUUUCGCGAUCAAAAAUACGAAAAAGCCAUUCUACACUACGGCAAGGCUAUUAUAAAAAUCAAGGAUAGCGCUAUUACGUACAACAACCGUGCCUUGUGCUAUAUCAAACUCCGAAACUACAAACGCGCUCUCCAGGAUUGCCAGUACGUGCUAGAGAAGCUGGAAAAGUCCAAUCUGCGUGCCUUGCUUUACCAGGCCAAUGCUUAUAAGCGCUUGAAACAAGACGACAAGUUUGAGGAGAGCGUGGCCCAGGCACGUGAACAUAAUCCUAAACAGCUGGCCUACAUUGACAAGUUCAUUAAGCAGUUGGAGGACGAGGCUUAAAACAUUUUCAUUAAGUUAGUUAUACAUAUUAUACUUACUCAGCAUCAGCAUCACGCCCAGAAAAGAGACACAGGAAUAAAGAAACGGCAGGUGAACACUGCCUAAAU